GAGCUAAUUUUAACGUCGCCGCGUUGACUGUUUCGCCUUAUUGCGGUUUCCUCAUUUUCCACUUGCUCCCGGGCGCUGAAUUCAAUUUAAAUUAGCUUUACAUUGUGCCUUUGUACGCCUUUUGCGUGUGAUAACAACAAAUAACAAAUAAAAGCCGCCGAGUGGCGAAGAAGUGAAGAAAAUCGAAUGUGCAGACAGGAAUUUUAACCGUUACAACAGUGUGGAGAGCGCAAGAGAGUGAGAGAACGAUCUCAAGGCGCAGAAAAUGAACAGAACAUAAAAAUAAAAAGAAACCCAAAAAAAAAAACCAAAUCAGAGGAAUAUUUAAAAAUAGCCAACUGCAUAGGAAAAUUAUGACAUAUCUAAAAACAGUCAAUUAAAAUAUAUAAAAAAAAACAAGUGUUCAUGUUCGAAUUGGCUGUGAUUCUUCAGGUUUUCGAUUUCUGAUAUCCGCUGCGUUCCCCUUUCUUUGUGGUGCUUGGACUCUCCAGAACCCGCUGAUCCCCGGACAGCAUCAGCACACCUUCGCCAUGGGACGCUGGGGCCGGCAGAGUCCGGUGCUGGAGCCGCCGGAUCCGCAGCAGCUGCAGCAGGCCACAGCACCAGCCCCCAUCCUGCCGCCGCGCACCUUUAUGCGUCAGUCGAGCAUCACCAAGAUUGGGAACAUGCUCAACACGGCCAUCAAUAUAAACGGGGCCAAGAAGCCGCCAAGUAAUGGAGAGGCGUCCUGGUGCUUCUCACAGAUUAAAGGCGCCUUAGACGAUGAUGUCACGGAUGCAGACAUCAUAUCCUGCGUGGAAUUCAAUCACGAUGGCGAGUUGCUGGCCACCGGCGACAAGGGCGGUCGCGUCGUCAUCUUUCAACGAGAUCCUGCCUCGAAAGCCGCCAAUCCGCGACGCGGCGAAUACAAUGUCUAUUCGACAUUCCAAUCGCACGAGCCCGAAUUCGAUUACCUCAAGUCGCUGGAGAUCGAGGAGAAGAUCAACAAGAUUCGGUGGCUCCAGCAAAAAAAUCCCGUGCACUUUCUGCUCUCGACCAACGACAAGACGGUCAAGUUGUGGAAGGUCAGUGAGCGCGACAAGUCGUUCGAGGGCUACAACACGAAGGAGGAGAACGGCCUGAUCCGGGAUCCACAGAAUGUGACGGCACUGCGUGUGCCCUCCGUGAAGCAGAUACCGCUGCUUGUGGAGGCAUCGCCGCGCCGCACCUUCGCCAAUGCACACACCUAUCACAUCAAUUCAAUUAGCGUUAACUCCGACCAGGAGACCUUCCUCUCGGCCGACGAUCUGCGCAUCAACCUCUGGCACCUGGAGGUGGUCAAUCAGAGCUACAACAUCGUCGACAUUAAGCCAACCAAUAUGGAGGAGCUGACGGAGGUGAUCACCGCGGCCGAAUUCCAUCCGACCGAGUGCAAUGUGUUCGUUUACUCGAGCUCCAAGGGCACAAUACGAUUAUGUGAUAUGCGUUCGGCGGCGCUAUGCGACCGGCACAGCAAACAGUUUGAGGAGCCCGAGAAUCCAACGAAUCGCAGCUUCUUUAGCGAGAUAAUUAGCUCCAUCAGUGAUGUGAAGCUAAGCAACUCGGGUCGCUACAUGAUCUCCAGGGAUUACCUGAGCAUCAAGGUGUGGGAUCUGCAUAUGGAAACGAAGCCCAUUGAGACCUAUCCGGUUCACGAAUACCUGCGCGCCAAGCUGUGCUCACUGUAUGAGAACGACUGCAUCUUUGACAAAUUCGAGUGCUGUUGGAAUGGCAAGGAUAGUUCGAUAAUGACCGGGAGCUACAACAACUUCUUCCGCGUAUUCGAUCGCAACUCGAAAAAGGAUGUGACGCUAGAGGCGUCCAGGGACAUCAUCAAGCCGAAGACGGUGCUGAAGCCACGCAAAGUUUGCACUGGUGGCAAACGGAAGAAGGACGAGAUCAGCGUGGACUGUCUCGACUUCAACAAGAAGAUACUGCACACCGCCUGGCAUCCUGAAGAAAAUAUCAUUGCUGUGGCUGCGACCAAUAAUCUAUUCAUAUUUCAGGAUAAAUUUUAGCCAACACUCUACUACGCAGCAGCAACAACAACACCAUACGCCACAAUCACACCAACAACAACAACUACAGAAACAACAACAACUACGAAAGCAAACACGCCUCAUUCUAAUGUUAAUUCAAUCGGUUUGUUUCAGCCGCCUUUUCAAAUUUCCCUCGCAAUUCAACUGUUUGCCUAACAUCAUUACCUCAGUCACUCAUCCCACUCCCCCUCUUCUCAAAAAAAAAAAAAAAACAACCA